UGAGCGCUGCACCUCUGUGCGCCCUGCCCUUCAGCUCGGUACUCCGAGGAGAGCGAUAGCUGCUUAGGCCCGGGCAGUGGUCGAGGUGGUUUUCCUUGUAGUUGGAGGUCCGAGGCCAGGCCUCAAGUAGAAACGGCAUCACCAUGAUGAACGGACGGCCGGGCCGAGUGCCCUUACAGUUCCUGCCAGAUGAGGCUCGGCGCCUGCCCCCGCCCAAGAUGACUGACCCGCGGCUUCUCUACUUCGGCUUCCUGGGCUACUGCUCCGGCCUGCUUGAUAACGCGCUCCGGCGGAGGCCGGUGAUAUCGGCGGGUUUACACCGCCAGCUUCUAUAUGUUACUUCCUUUGUUUUUGCUGGCUAUUAUCUCUUAAAACGUCAAGACUAUAUGUAUGCUGUGAGGGAUCAUGACAUGUUUGCAUAUAUAAAGUCACAUCCAGAGGAUUUUCCUGAAAAAGAUAAGAAAACUUAUGGUGAAAUUCUUGAAGAAUUCCAUCCAGUGCGUUGAAGUCUUCAAAAUGUUUGCUCCCAUUUACUAAGAUGUUUCUCAAUUUUGUGAAACACAUUUCCAUGACUGCUGAAGUUUAUCAUAAUACCUAUAAUUAAAGUAGUAUCAUGAAUGAGUA